GAGAGAGAGAGGGAGAGAGGGAGAGAGAGGGAGCGUGGGAGGGAAAGACAGAGGUAGAGAGCGUAUGAGAGGGAAAGAGAGAAGGAGAAAGGGACCUAGCAGGAAAGAUUGAUUGAUGCUGAGGCAAGCCAAGCCGGCACUGCGCAGGGCUCACACACACAAAUAGUCCUUGCAUCAUGCGUACCCUCACACCACUCUCCCAAGCUGCUUAACAGGCAAGAAAAACACUGACUGAGUCUGCAGCCUGUUACCGCAGGACAGGACAGGACAGGACAGGGCAGGACAGAGGACAGGACAGAGGACAGCAGGGAGAAACAGGAGCGUGAUACCUUCCUCGCCGCUUUACCUCGGAGCAACAGUUCCACCGCUGUCAUCUCAGGAGGACUCCAGGGAGCUGUUUAAAGACACGUACCUAAAAAGGGGAGGGGGUGCAGCAAGGGCAGAAACAAGGGCAAGUUUUUGCCUCUCCGGGAGGCUGUCGUGGAUGCCCUCUCCACGUCCCCAUGACAGCAGGCAGCAGCCGAGGCGUAGUCCGGGGCACAAGAUGGCACGACGAGUAGGGGGCGAAGCCUCCCCGAAAAAGAACACAUCCCUCAACCUGGUGGCGGGCUUUUACCACUACCUCCGCGAUGAGCAGGAGGCAGUGCAGAAAAGGACGUUCACAAAAUGGAUCAAUUCCCACUUGGCGAAGCGUGUCCCGCCCCUGGUGAUAACAGACCUGUUUGAGGACAUCAAGGAUGGUGUGAUGCUGCUGGCCCUGCUGGAAGUCCUUUCAGGACAAAAACUGCCAUGUGAGCAGGGCAAGAAGCUAAAGAGGAUCCACUGGGUCGCCAACAUCGGCACAGCUCUCACAUUCCUUGAGGGUAGGAAGUCGGCCUACAGAGGAUCUCCGAUCAAGUUAGUGAACAUCAACUCCACAGACAUCGUGGACGGACGGCCGUCAAUUGUGCUGGGGUUGGUGUGGACCAUCAUCCUCUAUUUUCAGAUUGAGGAGCUAACCAGUAGCCUCCCAGCGCUCCUCGCCUUGUCCAGCAGCAGCACCUCCUCUCUGGACAGCUCCAACAGCAGCACUGAGACCACCAGCCCACCGGUGAAAAGGAAACCCCUCCCUCCUAUGCACGGUGGAGCCAGGAAGGCCUUGCUCAGAUGGGUUCAGCAGACAGCCACCAAAAGUUUGGGGCUUGAAGUGAAGGAUUUUGGGCCCAGUUGGCGCACUGGUUUGGCAUUCUUUGCUGUUAUCAAUGCGCUCCGGCCUAAUCUUGUGGACAUGGAGCGAGUGUGGGGGAGGCCUAAUCGAGAAAAUCUGCAGGAGGCUUUCCUGUUGGCUGAGACUGAGCUCGGCGUUCCUCAGCUUCUUGACCCAGAAGAUGUCGAUGUCGACAAGCCAGAUGAAAAAUCUGUUAUGACGUACGUAGCCCAGUUCCUGAAACAGCUUCCUGGUCCAAAGCAGAGCGACGCGGAGGUGCAGCUAGAAGCAGAGAGAGAGCAGAGGAAGAGCCUGCGGGAGCUCAAAAUGUGGCUCGACCAGCUGGAGAGAGAUGCGAUGCAGGCUCAGGGGACCGAGGGCAGUCUUGCUCAACAGUAUCAGUUGUUCAAGAGUGUGCGUGUGCAGCUGGAAAUGAAGAGGAAGCAGGUGGAGGGAGCGUUGCACUCGACGCAGAGAGACGGGAUGCUGACUGUGGACCAGGCUCUGGUCAAGCAGGCCUGGGAAAGGGUUUCCAACAGGCUCCUGGAGUGGCAUCUUCAGCUGGACAGGUCUCUGCCGGCUCCCCUGGACAUGGUCGGGUCGUGGCUGCACGAGGCCGAGAGAGCCCUGCAACAAGAAAUAAUCAUCCAGCAGGCCCACGAGAUGACAGCUAACACUGUGCAUAGAGCUCUGGAGCAGCACAAGGAUGUGUUGAAGAGCCUUGAAAGUCACCAGCAGAUCUUCCAGAGGAUCCAUAAAGACAGAGGUGUUGAUGGAGUCCCCGUCCCCCCAGACCAGCUCCAAGACAUGGCUGAGAGGAUGAACUAUGUCUCUACAUCUUCUAGCAUCCACUUGGCUAAAAUGGAAUUCUUGGAGAACAAACACCACAUGCAGGCUUUCCUCACUCUAGCCGAGUCCAAACUAAAAUCCUGGAUCAUCAAAUACGGCCAACAAGAAUCUGUGGAACUCAUGCUCCACAGCUAUAUUGCAUUUGUGGAGAAGCAACGCUUCUUUGAAAAUUAUGAGGCUUUGUUCCAGUCUCUGAAACAGUCCGCAGAGGCCUAUGUCAGCACUGACAGCUCAGCGGACGAGGGAGAAACGGGAGUGCGCAGGUUCAUGCGGGAGGUUUUGACCCAGUGGAGGAGCCUGUCGAUGGAAGUACGCAGCGUGAGGAGCAUGCUGGAGGAGGUGCUGUCCAACUGGGAGAGGUACACCUCCACUGUGGCCUCCUUGCAGGCCUGGCUGGAGGAUGCAGAAGAGGCUCUGAGCCAGCCAGAAAACAUUAAGCGGGAGUUUUUUAGGAAUCUGAGCCACUGGAUGGAUCAGCACGCGGCCAUGAACGACGCAGGAAAUUUUCUGAUUGAAACGUGCGAUGAGACCGUGUCACUUGAUCUGAAGCAGCAGCUGCUCAUUUUAAACGGCCGGUGGAGAGACCUCUUCCUCAAAGUCAAACAAUAUGCACAUUCAGAUGAGCUGGAGAAGUGGAGGAAGGAUCACCUGAAGGCAGUGUGGGCCCUGAAAGAGCUGCUGGAGACAGCAGAGUCCAAGCUCAACGCUCCUGUUCAAGUGUCUUUCCUCGGUGUUAGAGCCUUUUUGCAGGAUGUGGAGGACACCAAGCAAAAGGUUGUUGCCAUGGAGACGCAAUACAAGCUGGCUGCCCGCAGUGCUCAGCUCCUCGCCAAGGAUGCUCCGCAGGACGAGGCUGCCCGGGUCAUGGCAACUAUGGCAACAGCCAAAAGUCAACUGAGCAAGGUGAGAGAGCGGUGUCCCUCCCUGGUUAGGGAGUGUCAUGUCCUUCUGCCCCUGUUGGAGGAGAUGGAGAAACACAUCAACGCUUUCUACCAGGCCCUGGAGCGGGCGAGUCGAAUCACAUCUGCUGCGAGAGAUUCAGACUCACAAGCCACCCAGACACAGCAAAAACAAAAGUGGCAGGAUUUGUUAAACCAGCAGCAGAAUUGUAAACGAUCUCUAUCAGUGAUUGAGAGGAACCACCACACCGUGCAGAGGGCCAUCUCCACCAGUAAAGUGCUCCGAAACUUUGAUCUGUCCUUGCUGCAAAAGAGAGUUGCUGAAAUCCAAGGCUCGGCACAGGCAUUGCUGAAGGAGGUCGGGGAAUGGAGGAGGCAGGAAGAGGCCAACAACUGCCUUAGGAGGAGGUUUGAGGAAUCGCGACAAGAGCUGGAGAGGGUGCUGAAGAAAGCUCAGGGCUGCUUGAGAGAAACUGGCGACCCUGAGGAAUUACUGAAGAAACACAAUGAUUUUUUUGGCCAGCUGGACCAGCGGGUUCUGAGCGUGUUCUUGAAAGCGUGCGACGAGCUGACGGACAUCCUACCUCAGGAGGAGCAAGAGGGGCUGCAAGAAACUGUCCGUAGGCUGCACAAGCACUGGAAGGACAUCCAGGGUGAGGUGCCGUCUCAUUUGCUCCGCCUGAAGGUGGAAGUGGAGCGAAGUCGAGUGGAUGUGAUCCUACGAGACUGCACGGCAGAGCUGGACAGAGAAAUGCGAGCCCUGUCAGGCACCUGCACCAGCGAGCGAGUGAUCAAAGAGCACAGAACUUACUUCAGGGAACGCAGACCAGUGACUUUGUGUGAGAAGAGGAUUAGAAACAUGGAGGAUCUGUGUCAUAAGUUGCCUGACAACGAUGCGGCUUAUCGAACGCUUGACUCCACCAAAAGGGCUGUGGAAGAGGUUACGGAGCAAAUAAAGGGCACCCACCUCAAACUGGAGCAGCACCCUGACAAGUGGAAAGAAUGGAACGAAAGGUUUUGCGAGCUUUCUGAUUGGCUCUCAUCUCAGAGGAGGCAGGUGAGGAUCCUGAGGGAGACUGCAAUAAGUUCCCAUCACCAGGAGGAAAUAGAUGCAGCUGUUCAGGCGCUGCAGGAGGCAGUGGACGCCCGGGAGGAGAGCCUGCUGUGGCUGAAGAGCCGCCUUGCCGGGCUCUCUGAGGUUAGCUCUGAACUGGAAGUCCAGAGACAGAGAACAGCCCUGGCCAAACUCUCAACUGACCUACGGGCAGUCUUCUCUUCACUCUGUCAGCUCGGUGAAGAGGGCUCUGCUAUGUUCCAGUAUGAGGAGCUGAGGGAUGAAGUACAUGGAGCUCUGGAGGAGGUUUUGAGGUCUCGAAAAGAGGCUGAGGAGCAGACCAGCAGGAUUCUGAAUGCUGAGAGCCUGGAAGAAGCCAAACAACUUUACCUUAUCCACCAGCAACACCUGAAACGCCUGCACGCUAACAAGAGGGAGGCAGAGCUCCUGGUGUCCCACUGCCGCCAGCUGCAGAAAGGAGAGGUGCUCAGUCAGUCUCUUCGGGAGCUGGAGGGGGCUUUCAGCGAGGCUGACCACCUAUCAGGGACGAGGGAGCACAGCCUGCAGGCAACUCUGAGCUCUUGGCAAAAUUUCGAAGGGGAAAGAGAAACUGUUUGGAGGUUUAUCAGCAAUGCUAACAACGAACUGCACAAAGAACUUAUUUUCAACAGCCUGGACAGCCUGAGGAGUGAGCUGGAGCAUAACAAGGAGCUCUAUGCAAAGGUUGAGGAGUGCUGCGUACGGGCAGAUCUUCUCUUGGAGAAGGCGGCGGAUAUUCAACUUGGUCCAAAGAAUCAGACUCUUCUGCUACAGCAGACACAAUGCACCAGAGAUGCAGUCACACAGCUUCAAGACCAGCUGAACAAGAAUGUUGUCCAGCUGGAGAUGAUGUGUGUGUGGUGGGAGCGCUUCAGCACUGAAUCUGAAGCCUUCUCUCUGUGGAUCAAUGAGAAAGAGAAGGAGCUGGAGGCUGUCAACACCAACUCUUCCUCAGAUCCCGUAGACAAGCACAUCAGCACUGUAGAGGCGAUAGGGGGUGGUUUAGAGGAGAGAAGGGCAGGUCUAGCCCACAUGGAGGCUGACUGUGAGGCCCUGUCCAGGUUCGUGACCCCUGGAGAGGCUGGACGUAUCCGGGCGCAACUCAUCCAGAUGAGGCGGUACUGGGAAGAGCUGAAGGGGAGAGUAGAGCAGAUUGGAGUACAACUCAACCAGAGUGCCUCCUACAGGCAGAGAUGCAACGACAACCUUGAACAGGUCAAGAAAACAAUUGCUGAUGUUAAAGAAAAACUGGACUGUCCAAUCACAACUUGUACGUCAUCAUCAGAGACGUACAAAACCCUCCAGGAUCACAUGGAGGUGUGCCAGGGCGUUGGACAGCUGAAGCCCAGGCUGAUGGCCCUGUGUUCGGCCACUAAGAGGUUUGGAGAGGGCGGCCAGCUGGAGGAGGAGGUGGCUAACCUCCAAAAGCAACAGACACAGUUAAUGGGAAAGGCUGCAGAAAAGCAAUCUACAUUAGAGAGCCUUCUAGCUCUGUGGCAAAGGUAUGAAAAGGAGACUUCAUCCAUGAAAAGCUGGCUGGAUAGGUGUGAGUCUGUCUGCUGCCCAGACACCAAACUGCUCUCUGCAGAUAAAGUAAAGCUGAGGAAUGAACUACAAAAUGUGCAGGAAAUGCAGAGGGAGACACCUUCCUACGACGCUCUCCUCCAGGGUCUAGUGAAUCUCGGGCUUUGUCUGUACCCCACGGCAGCUGAAGCUCGUGUCCAGGAGCUUAGUGAUGAUCUAAAACAGCUGCAGGAGAGAUGCACCUCUGCGAAGAACCACAUAUCACACAGGUUUAAGCUGCUGGAGCUGCAGUUGGAGCUUUUGGAGCAGUUUGACCAGGCACUGCUGACGCUGACCCAGAGGAGCGAAAACUUCCUGUCUGACCUGAGAAGCUCGUCACAGGUCGAUAUUGUUGAUCUCGAGUCUGCAAUUACUAAGCUUAAGGAACACGAGGGACAACUGCAGGAGAGUGCGUCGCUGAGAGCGACUCUUCGUCAACGAGAGUCCUCCCUGCUUUGCAGUUCCACCCCGGAGGCCCAGCAGCAGCUCCAGGGCUGGAGGGAGGACUGCCUGCGACCCCUCGGCGAGUCCCAGCGCCUCCUUCUCCUCCGGGAGGAGUGCCUAUCUGAGCUGAAGACUUUCCUCGAGAAGCAUGCUGCGGCUGCUAAGGCCGUGCGCCAGCUCCACGAGGCAGUGGAGGGCAGGGGGAGCUGGGACCGCUCCAAAGCUGAAGAGCUCCACCACGGAAUCGGGGAAGUGGCUAAAGACGUGGCCCGGCUUGAGGCCGAGGCGGCCGGGUUGGACGGGCUGCUGAGCAAGGCUCACCUGCACCUGUGUGGGGCGGAGUGGAGGGGCUCUAAGGACGUGAGCCACCCUCAGGGUAGAACGUCCUGCAGGGGACAGGCGGUGGCCCUCACGAUGGCUCUGGAGGAGGUGCAGAAGGGAGUGGGGUGGAGGCAAAGUGAAGCAGAUGCUUUAGGCGCCCUGUGGAGCUCCUUCAGGGAACGGAGGGAGGAGGUCAUGAAGAAUUUGAAGAAACUGGAGGAGGAUGCAAGACAGGAGGGCGCUAGAGAGGUCUCAGUACAGGCCUUUCAGAACAGGCUGCGUUUCUUUGUCCAGCUGGAGGAUGACCUCCAGUCUCUGCAGCACUCCCAGCGCUGGUUAGAAGAGAAGGGAAACCAGCUGGCCCAGAGGGACAGUGAGCUGGCGGGAGAAGCUCUCAGGGAGGUCACGCUGGUGAAAGCAGCCUGGGAGAACGUCCGCACUCUGAUUACCAACAGUCAAGAGCAUAGUGGAGUCGUGGUGGAUCUUCUCCGACGUUUCCACCACCUGAAGUCGAUCCUCGCUACAGUUGUGGAGAACGCUCAGACUGUCGCUCACAAUCUGCCCGACCAUAACCACAGCGCUCAGGAGGCAAAGAGGACCUUCACCCGACACGAGACUGUCCAGGCUGAGCUGAGAGAGAAGCAGGAGGACAUGGACCAGCUCAUCAGCACGGUCGAGGACCUGGAGAGAGAGCUGGAGAAGGUUCCCAGCUCUGACAUGGGCUCCAUCCAGAGAGACAUGGAGACGCUUAGAGACCAGUGGCUGGUGAUUUCAGAGAAAAUACAGACCAACGCGGAGAGACUCGGCUACUGUGUGGCGCUUUGGGAUGACCUGAAAGCAACGGAGCAGGACGUCAACCAGUGGACGGCCACGUCCAUCGCUGACCUCACUGACACCGUCUCCACCCUCAGCGACAAGGAGGAGGCAGAGGCCCAUCUCGCCACCUUCCAGGCGGAGGUCGAAAAGAGGGAGCAGAGGCUGGAUGUCCUGCAGGAGAGAGUGUCAGAGCUGAAGGAGCGAGCCAAACUGCAGGAAACCCCGUUACAAAUGCAGGUCCUGGAGUCAGAUCUGAGGAAGAAAAUGUCCCACGCGCAGGAGGUGUACAAUCAGGCCAAACACACUCUGACCUACUUCAGCUUCCAGAAGCAGCGGCUGGAGGACCUCAUGUCCCAGAUGGCCGAGCGGUUGGAGGCGGUGGAGGGUUCCUUAUCGGACCUCACUGACGCUACUUCCCCUGAAGACAUUGGUACAGUUAAGGACCUGCAGAGUGUCGUGCAGCAGCAGAGGGCCGACAUGGACUCGGCUCGAGAUGCCUUGACUGCCCUGUGCCGGUCACAUCCCUCUCAGGAGCUGUCACGCCUCUCCUCUGAUCUGACUUCAAUUGCCAAGCGAACAGAGGCUGUAGCCCAUCGCUGCGCCAAGACAAGGGGCAGCCUUCAAGAUGGUCUACAGCUCCACUUCAACGAGCUCAUAGAGGAGUUCCAGUCCUGGCUCGCAGAUCAGAAGUUGGAGUUGAAAGAAUGCUGUAAUCAAUCAGGAGAUGUUGCCGUCCUUUCAGCCAAGUUACAAAGACUGAAGGUGUCAGUGGAGCGGACAUCGGAGGGUGAGGAGAGCCUUUCUCAGAUUUGUGCGGAGGCCCAGAGGCUUCAGCUCCACCUGCCAAAAGCUGGAGCAGCCCAGGUCCAAGAGAAUCUCUCUUCCUGUCAGAGAGAUUGGAGAAACUACCUGGAGAGCUGCUCUCAGAGCCAACAAGACUUAGAGGAGAGCAUUGGGCUCCUAAAAAAUUUUGGUGCCUGUGUGGAGGCUAUAAGAGACUGGCUCAAGCAGAUGGAUCUCAGCCUGAAGAGUGAGCCUGUUCUUGGGGCAGAAAGCCAGCAAGGAGCCCCAGACGUUACAGAAGAACUGGAGAAGAUGGAAAACAUCCACAAGGAGCUUAUAGCAAGAAGGGAGUCUGUUGAGCAUCUCAGUCUGGAGGCCCAGGCUCUCUCUGAAGCAGGCCGAGGUUCAGGAGGAGAGGUCAGAGUGACAGGCCAGCUCCAGAUGGAGCACCAGGCCCUGCUGAAGGCAGCCAGAGAGAGGCUGCGAGGCUGCCAGGAGAGCCAGGCCUUCGGAGACACCCUCCAGGGAGUUUGGGCCUGGCUGGAGGAGAUCCAAGAGAGGCUGGGUACAGUAGACAGCACGAUGGGCACCAAAGAGCAGUUAGAGCAGAGGCUGGAGACCGUGCAGGACAUCCUGCUUUUGAAGGGAGAGGGGGAGGUCAAACUGAACAUGACAAUGGGUAAGGCCGAGCUGGCCCUGCGCAGCUACGGAGCCGCCGGACAGGAAGUGGUCCGCUCUCAGUUACAGGAAGUGGAGGAUGCGUGGGCUACGCUGCUUGUGACUGCCAUGAGCUGCCACAGCCGGUUAGAGUGGACUGUAUCUCAGUGGGGAGGAUACCUGGAGAGCGCUGCACAGCUGCGUUGCUGGAUGGAGGCCGUGGAGCGGGAGGUGUGCGCCCCUCUCGUGCCUCAGCCUGGACCCAGGGAAAAGGCCUCUCAGCUGGAGAGACUUAGAGCCCUGCUGACGGACCUAGAGGACCACCAGAUGGCACUGUCCAGCCUGGAGGAAAAAGCCAGAGAGCUGUUCAAGAAAACUGGCGAUGCCAGCUUUAACCACGGCGCUCGCACCCAGCUGCAAGUGCAGUUUGAUGAGCUCACAGCUUUGGUGGAGGAGAGAGUACGACUGGCACAGGCAGUGGUGUUGGAGCAUCAGGAUUACCUGGAGGCUGUUAGAGAGCUCACUGACUGGCUGAUGACUGCAGGGGAGGAGCUACAGCAUUGGUCUGAGACCUCCAGAGACUCCUCGUCCAUCAAGAAGAAACUGUCAGAAGUGAGGGAGCGCGUGGAGUGCCGACUCCUGGAGGGCCGUGAUCGCCUCAGCCGCGUGCGCCGCAGCGCGGCGUGCACGGCGGAGCACACGGCGGCGGGAGGCUGCGAGGCCAUGGACCGCCAGCUGGGGGCGCUGUCCCACGCUCUGGAGCAGUGGGAGGGGGCCGCUCUGAGGGCCAGAGACGGCCUGGAAGGGGCCCUGGCUGCUGCCGCGGCUUCGGAAGAGGAAUACGACCGCCUGACCGCCAUGCUGGAGGACGAGUUGAAAGACUUCGACGGGCUGCUGAGGGGCUGGAGCCAGGAGCUGAUUAAGGCUGAAGGGCGGAGCAACGGCGAAGAAGCAGUGGAGGGAUGGCAGCUGGCUAAGGAGAUACUGGAGGGAUUGCAGAGCGCUGAGCCGAUGGCAGAGAAGUUGAAAAGCCAGCUGAAUGACCUGGUGCGAUACUCCAGAGACCUGGGCUCACAAUCAGACCGGGUCACUGCGCUCAUCAAACAGCACAACAGUCUCAGUCUGCGUGCGUCCAGGGAGUGUCAAAACAAGGAGCGCCUGUUGGAGCAGAGGUUCCGCGCAGCCUUGAGAGACUUCCAGCAGUGGUUGGUCAACGCCAAAAUCAGCACUGCCAAAUGCUUCGAUGUGCCCCAGACCGUCUCAGAGGCCUCCACGGCUUUGCAGAGGAUCCAAGAGUUCUUGAGUGACAGGGAGAAUGGCCAGGCCAGGCUGAGUACAGUAGGAGCCAGUGGGGAGCUGCUGAUGGCUGUGGUGUCCAAAGACAGGGUGGAGGGAAUCAAGGCCAAGGUGGCAAAUGCUCGAGAAGACUGGAAGAGCCUGAUGAGCAACCUGCAAAUGAGAGAAGAUGCACUGAAGAGCCUGCAGUCCCAGAUGACGGAGUUUGAGGCCAGCGCUGAGCCUCUGCAGGACUGGCUGAACAGCACAGAGGUCAGAGUUCAGGAGAGCAGCGCUCGCCUACACGACCUCCCAGCCAAGAAACAGGAGCUCAGCAAACUACAGUGUGUACUGGAGGAGAUGGCCGGUCGGGAGGUAGAGCUGGGCAGACUCAGAGAAAGAGCUCAUCGCCUCUGGGAGGGGCAAGCGGCCGGCAAGGGCUUCGUCCACAGGGUUUCACAGCUGUCUGCACAGUACCUAGCCCUCAGCAACUUAACCAAGGACAAGGCCUCGAGGAUUGAGCGGAUUGUGGGGGAACAUCGUCUCUUCUCUCAAGGACUCAAAGAGCUCCAGGACUGGGUGUGCGAGGCGCAGACGGUCCUCAACACCUGCAUCUCCACCACCACAGACAAGGGCGUGUUGGAGGACAGAAUGCUGCAGCUGGAAGCCUUACUGGCUGCCCGUCAAGAGAGGGAGAUCCAGCUGAAGAUGCUGCUGACGCGGGGGGAAGCAGUCCAGAGGAACACUUCGGCCGAGGGGGUCCCAGUGAUUCGCAAACAGAUCCAAGACCUGAAGGACUCAUGGGACUCGUUGCUUUCUGCCUCAAUCCAGUGUAAAAGUCAGCUGGAGGGGGCUCUGUCCCAGUGGACCAGCUAUCAGGAGGACGUGGGCCAGUUUGUGCAGUGGAUGGAUCGAGUUGAGGAGACACUCAGCUGCUCAGACAGACAGUACUCUGAGAUGAGAGACAAGACGGCUAACCUGGGAAAGACCAAGCUUCUCUAUGAGGAAGUAUUGAGUCACAGCAGUCCUCUGGAGACCAUCGCCACAAAGGGUUCCAAUAUGGCCGAACACUACACUACUCAGCAGGAGGUGCAGCAGCUGCAGUGUAGAUACAACACCCUGAAAGAAAAGGCCAAGAAUGCAGUUAGCAAGGCCAAGGGGCUGGUGCUGGUCCAUCAGGAAUAUCAAAGGGGUUUACACGUGUUUGAGGACUGGCUGGAGCAAGAACAGGCCUCUCUGGCCUCGUUGUCUCAUCCAGAAGGAAACGUGGAUACACUUGAGAAAACGCUGCAGCAGCUACAGAUCCUGCAGCAAAACUGCUCAAACGGCCAGUCUUUGCUCUCCUCUGUGCUGACCAGCAGGGAGCGAGUAAUCCCCUGGGGUAUACCCCAGAUCGAAGACCGAGCCCUGGACACCGCUCAGCGGGAGUGGGGGGCGUACCAGAACCGCCUGGAGGAGACCCAGUCCCAGCUGCACUCCACGCUGACCCGACUCAGGCAGAUGGGCCACAGGUUCCUGAGUCUGGCUCAGUGGCUGGAGGAAAUGGAGAAAGUGGCCAGUGUCAGAUGUAACCGGAGGUCGGACCGAACCACCAAGCAGACUCAGCUGAAGAAACUCCAGGGGUGUCUUGAGGCGGUGCUUUCGCGGCAGGGAGAAGUCGAUGGCCUCUCAUCCCUGGCCCAGCAAGUUCUGGAGGAAACCUACAUCAGUAGUCGUGUCAGCGUUACUGCCACCCAGCUCACCGCUCGCUAUCAUUCCCUGCUGCUCAACAUACAGGACACCACCAAGCAGCUGCAGGAGGAGCUGAGGAGCAUUGAAGAGGCAGAAAACCUCUGCGUGUCCUUCACUGAGUGGCUCGGCUCGACUCAGAAAAGCUUCACAGCUCUGACGGACUGCUCUGAGCCUCUGGACCGAGUCGCCAUGGAGAAGAAGAUGAAGAAGCUAGAGACCAUCCAGUCUGAGCUCCAGCGCGGUCACAGCUUCCUGAAAUCACUGAGGGAGCGUGCAGAGCAGGCAGCGGGCUACCUGAACGAGGCCGGAGCCGAGAGUCUGGGCGGAGAGGUGGAAGCACGUCUUGCCCAGUUGGAGGAGCUCGCCGGGGGACUUCGGCAGGAGCGUAGCUUUCUGGAGCGGGUGUUACUUCUGACUAAGGAGUUCCAGGACCGGUAUAAGGCCCAGGCCCAGUGGCUGGUGGAGACCAGGGCUUUGCUCAGCUCCCCAGUGGAGCCCAAGGCUGAACUGUACCAGCGCAGAGCACAGCUGGCUAAGUAUAAGGCUCUGCUGCAAAUGGUUCAGUCCCAUGACGGAUCCAUCAAAUCAGUGGUGGAGAAGGGAGAUGCACUCUUGUCCUCUGUCCACUACCCCUCUAUACGAGACAAAAUGAACAGGCUUCAAAAGGACUACACUGGACUCUGCAACACAGCCAUGGCUCACGUGGAGAACCUGGAAGGCCAGGUGAAGGAGCAGGAAGCUUACCACAACGAACUCCAGGAAGUGGAGCGCUGGCUGCUCCAGAUGUCCAGCCGCAUGGUGACUCCAGAUCCCAGCGUGAGCAGAAACCUGGAGGCAGCAACUCAACAGCUGGCCAGGCACAAGGCCAUCAUGGAGGAAAUUGCAGGCUUUGAGGAUCGCUUGGCAGGCCUGAAAGAGCGAGGAGACCACCUGGUACAAGGCUGCAGUGACCGUGUGCAGAGCAGGCUGAGACAGCAGGUCCAGGCUCAGCAGCAAGGCACCAGAGACAGCUACUCUGCCAUCUGUAGCACAGCGCAGAGAGUAUAUCAGAGUCUGGACCAUGAGUUACAGAGACAUGUGAGUCUACAAGACACGCUGCAGCAGUGCCAGACCUGGCUGACCUCUAUUUCAGACGAACCAGAGCCUCCUGCACAUCCUUCUCUCGGCCUGGAGGAGGCGCUACAGCAGGUGAAGCAGGAGCGGGCGCUCCAGGAACAAGCCAGCACAUACCUCCAGCUUGUGUGUUCAGCAUGUGACCUGUCAGAGCCAAGAGUCAGGGAUACUGCAGCAGCUAUCCAGCAGGUCAAACUGCAGAUUGAGGAGCGUAUGCUCCUUUGUGAAGAGGUUGCAGACAGCUGGAGGGACAUCGAGGAGCAGAAAGCAGAUUUGGAGACCCAACUAAGGGAAACGGAGCAGCAGCAACAAAACCUCACCAGGAGACCUGCAGAGCUGGAGCCCAAGAUUGCACAGAACCAGCUGGACAAGGCACAGGAGUUCCUCCUGCAGAUCAGGGAGAGACAGUGUGAGGUAACGCGUUUGAGCGAAGCCAUCGGUAGGUUGACUGAUGGACAAGUCUGUCCUACGCUGGAGGAGAUAAGGAGACUGAAAAAGAGCUGGACGGAUCUCGGCCAGCGGGCUGAGGAGUUGGAGGCCCAGCGUGGGGAGGACAUGCAGCGAAGUGGAGAGUACCAGGAGAGUGUAGUUGCUGUGGAGGAACUCUUCCACCAAGUAUCCAGGGAAUGGGACUACCUGGCCAGGGCCGACACAGAGAGUACAAGUGAGCAUCUGGAGGCUUUGAGGAAACUUGCCAGUGACCUGGACGACCAGAAAGAAACUCUAGAAGACCUGAGGGACCAGAGACAAGCUAUCCUGCCUCGCCUUAGCCUGCUAGAUAAAGAGCUGGUCAAACAACAGGUGGGCCACCUGGAGCAGCGCUGGGCCCAGCUCGAAAGUCUGAUUCAACAGAAAAUCCAGGACUCUGCACAGACGUUGGAGGAUCUUGCCCGCGUUGAAACCCAGCUGAGGGAUGCCAGAGAGUGGGUGGAGGAACAGCGACCGGCGUUCACCUCUGCUCUGAAAACCAGCCCACCCCCUGAUCUGGCCCAGAGUUUUCUGUUUGACCACCUGAGUGUAUGCGUUGAGCUGGAGGCUCGGCAGCAGCUGCUCGGUCAGGCGGUGAGCGAAGCCCAAGCUGUGGCUUCCAGGCUGGGGCUGAGUGAGAAGAGAUGCCUACAGGAGCUUGUUGAACAAGCCCAGACUGAGGUGGAGGCUCUUGGGGCUCGGGUUGCCCAAAGGAGGAAGUACCUCAGUAAGGCCUUCACAGAGAGGACCCAGUUCCUUCAAGGCCUUGGGAGAGCACUGUCCUGGGUACAACAACAGGAGAGGAAGGCUCUGAUAGAUGACCACAUAGCGCUCCUUCCUGAGGACCUGGCCAAACAGGUCUCUGCGUGUCGGGGUGUCCAGAGCGGCUUACGAGCUUACCAAAGGGAGCUGACCUCUCUCUGGGUGCAAGGGCGAGAGCUAGAGAGAGAUGCCACAGAAAAAGAGAGAGCGGAAACCCUCGCGAGGCUCGAGGAGCUACAGUCGGCUUUUGAAACCGCUCUCCAGAGGACGACGCAGCGACUCGCAUGCUUGGAAAAAGCCUUAACCUCCAGGAAGUACUUCCAAGUCGACCUGGACAAGACUUGUCACUGGUUGCGACGAGCAGAUGCCAUUACCUUCCCCGAAGUCCAUUUGAGCAGCGCUGACGAUUGCUCGGAUUUGCAAACGCAGCUGUCUGAGUUUCAAAACGUCCUAGAACAAGCUUCAGAGUACGAGAACCUCCUUCUUAUUGUCCAAAGAAUAGGCCAAGAGAUCCUCCCCACUCUGAACGAGAUUGACCAUUGCUACCUGGACGAGCGGCUCAAUGCCCUGCCCCAGCAGUACAAUGGCAUCCUAGCUCUAGCCAAAGAGAAAAAAGACAGAGUCCAACAGAUAAUCUCAGAGAGAAAAGAGUUCAGCACUUUCUUUGAUAUUACUCGCAAUGCACUGGAGGAGCUUCAGGAGCAGUUUGACAAUCUUGAGAAGCAGACUAUCAGUGUCAGAGAGGAGGAGGUUGUCGGUUUAAUUAACGAAUACAGGAAUAUUAAUGAAAGUUUAGUCCACAUCGGCCCUGCCGUUACAGAACUUCAUGGCAAAAAUGAGGGUUUUCUCAGUAGGGGUCAGCCAUACAGGGCUGAGGAGACACAGCAGCUGGUCAGACUCUACCACACCCUGAGGAAGAGAAAUGCUGAGAAGACUGAACACUUAAAGAAUUCCCUGAAAACACUAGUUGAACACAACAGAGUAUUUUCCAAGUUAGACUCAGAGUUGAAGCCUGUUAAAGAGAAGCUGCUCAAACUGAAAUCAAACAAAGAAGUAAGUGCCAUAGAUAAAAUCUCAAGUAUUUAUUUGAUGCUGGAAAACCUGGGUGGCUUGAGCGCUCAGGCUGAAGAAUGUAACCAACAGACUAAAAACCUCCGUCUGAAGUUUGACGCCGCUGCCUUUCAGGGGUCUGCACUGCAGCUGGAGUCGUUGCAGUCUUUACGGCGUGACGUGAAAUGUUUUGUUGAGGAAAGUGAAAAGACAGUCACAAAGGAUGAAGAUUUCACAAGGGAGGCUGAGAGGCUCUCUAACUGGUUGAGCGCCACUAGGGACAAACUGAAGGAGCCUUUGAACCUUUCAGAGGUCAAAAUCGAGAAGAUACAGGAGGAAGUGCGGAAACUGAAAAUCAUGGAAGAGGAAGUGAAAAGUAAAUUGAGGGUGGUGGAUGUCUGGGGUGACAGAGAACGACAAAAGUAUGAGAUAAAGAAAGAAACUGUUCCUGCUCAAGUACAAGAGAAACUACAGGGGCUAGUAAAGCUUGGCUCUGAAGUUCAACAAGGAAUUAGUGCAAAACAGCUGGCCGUGGAUCAAGCUCGUUCCCUGGUCCGGAGGCACCACUUAUCUCUGCAGACCGCGCAGGAAUGGCUGGACUCGGCCGCUGCUCUGCUCCAGAGGGCCAGCUCGGGGGUGGAGCUUGAGAACAAGACUGAGUGCGAUCGGGACCUCGAAGAAAUUUCAGCACAGGAAAAGAGCGCUUCUGCUAGUUUAGAGGAGCUGAGGACUUUGGGGCCUCUGCUGGAGGAGUUUGUGGGGGCAGGAGCAAUGAGUGGGCUCGGAGAAAAACUGCAGGCAGUGCAGCUGAGACACGCAGAGGUCAAACAGCGAGUGGACGCUCACAGAGACGUGCUACAGAGGUUUGCGACUCUGUGGAGCUCCUUCCAAUAUGAGAAAGACACACUGGUUGAACAGAUGAAUGAUUCGGAGAGCAAGAUGACCAUGUUCACCACAGCUAAAGCCGUCAGCGUCCACCAGGCAGAGGACAAGUGUCAAAGAUACAAGUCUCUGGUGGCUCACAUCGACCUGCUGGAGCUGCCUCUGAACGCUUUACGGGAGAACGCGACAGAGCUGGAGGAAAUAAUCUCCGAAUCCAGCAAAGCCGUCACCAGCCACGCGGUGUCGUCGCUAUGGCAACGGUGGACCAGGCUCCGCAGUGUGGCCCGGGCCCAGGAGAGGGCACUGGAGGACACCGCGAGGGAGUGGAGGAACUUCAGUGAGAAGAUGGAGAAGGUGCACUCCGUUUCCAGAGACCUCCACGGCCGUGUCCCAGACGGCACAGUCGAGAAGGCCGCCACCAGGGCGGCGCUGCAGAGUCUGCUGGAGUACCAUGACUCCUUCAGCCUGGAGGUGGAGCGAGAGCAGUCCAUACUGGCCCUGCUGGGGCAACAGACUCGCAGCCUCAGAGGAGAGGACGAGAAGGAGGAGGUGAUGGAGAAAAAGACAGAGAAUGGACAUGAGGAGACACAGUGCCUUCAGGAAAUCAGAAACAUGCAGGAGCAGUACGAUAGCCUUGUGCUACAGGUGCGGGCCAGCAGGGCUCAGGUCCAUCAGGAACUGAGGGAGAGAGAAGAGGUUGAGAAAGAGCUGGGCUUAGUCAAAGGUUGGAUCCAAGACACUCGUGGCUUAUUGCUGAGUCCCACUGCAGACCUGGAUUCACUGCUGCAGGAGCUAGAGACUGCACACGGUGAGGUCAUCAGCAGGCGUCAGAGUGUGGAGCGCAUGGCGGAGCUCCAGCAGUCCAAGUACCAGGACCUCCAAGCUGGUCUUCCCUCUGAGCUCAGCAUGCAGCUAGCUGAGGUGGCUCUGGCUCUGGGCUCUGCCGAAGACCAGGUGCAGGCAAGAGAAAGGGAGGUGCAGCAGACCAGAGACGUGAAAGAGGACUUCAGCUCCAGACUUCAGGACAUCGAGGCGAAGAUGAAAACCAUCGCUCUAAAACUGGAAGACAAGUCUGCCGACCUGGAGGAGGCCAGAGAAGAGACCAGAGCUCUUUGUGAAGAGUGUGAAUCCUGUGGUAGCUCUCUGGCAGAGUUAGGAGUCGCUGUGCAGGAGUUUGGGGAACAAAACCCCCUGUUGUGCAAACAGCUGGGUGAUGCCGUGGCCAAACUGACAGAGGUGCUGCGCCACACCACGCAGCAGGUCCAAGACAGAAACAAUAGACUGAAGAAGGCAGAAAGACAGGUGGAGGAGUAUCAGGGCAUGAAGACAUUCAUUUUGGGGUGGACGGAAAAAGCUGAGGCUCUGGUCACUGGUAACAUCGUCUGGAGCUCUGCAUCCCAGCUUCAGGAGCAAAUUCGAGCACACCAAGCGUUGCUGCGAGAGUGUCGGGGUCUCCAUGGCGACUUGGAGGCCAUGGGGGAGAGGGAGGGGCAGCUGGCGGAUGUGUUGCAGACGGAGGGGUGGAGCCAGCAGGUGAAACACCUCAGCAGAAGCACAGAAGAGCUGCAGCAAGCCGCCAAGAGUCGCCUCCAGAGUCUGCAGGAUGCAGCAAAGGACAUGUUGCGUCUCGAGGCAGAGGUUAAGAACCUCCACGCUGCUGUCGACCAGAUCCAGGUCACACUUGCUUCCCCUGACCUCAACAAGCUCAGUCUCAGAGAGCAGCUCACACAGAGACAGCGUCUGCUGGUGGAAAUGGAGGGCUUUAAGCAGCAGGUCGCUGCCGUACAGCAGUGUCAGAGCGCCCUCCGGCUGCCAGAGGAGGUGGUGGCGAGUCUGCCGAUCUGCCGCACAGCUCAGACGCUGCAGCAAGAGGCCAGUCAACUGCAGCAUACCACCAUCCAGCAAUGCAACAUCCUGCAGGAGGCUGUGGUGCAGUACGAACAGUAUGAACAGGAAGUGAAGAACCUGCAGAGAUUAAUUGAAGAAGCUCACCGCAUCAUUCAGGACCGACCCGUCUCCACCAAUAACAUACAGGAACUUCAGGCCCAGAUACACCACCAUGAGGAGCUAGCCCAGAAGAUCCGUGGCUACCAGGAGCAGAUCGCCUCGCUCCACUCCAAGUGCAAGAUGCUGACGGUGAAGGCGAAGCACGCCACCAUGCUGCUGACCGUCAGCGAGGUGGAGGGCCUCUCGGACGGCAUGGAGGAGCUGAGUGACGAGGAGCUGCCCAGCGCCGUGGCGAGCGCCGCCGCAGCCGCUGGCAAGCAGCUUCCAGCGCACCCCUCCGUCGUCAUGAUGACAGCCGGCCGCUGCCACACGCUCCUCUCCCCCGUGACAGAGGAGUCAGGGGAGGAGGGCACCAACAGCGAGGUCUCCUCUCCCCCUGCCUGCCGCUCCCCCUCUCCGGGGGCUAACGCUGACGCUCCUGUUAACCAGGGUCGAGGUGCACUGAGCCGAGCGCCCCUCCAGGAACUGUACGACCCGUCUAUGGAAACCAGUGCCGCUAAUUUGGAUGACCUGCAGAGAUCCUGGGAAACACUCAAGAAUGUGAUCAGCGAAAAGCAGAAGAGCCUGUACGAGGCUCUGGAGCGGCAGCAGCAUUACCAGGAGUCCCUUCAGUCCAUUUCCACCAAGAUGGAGUCCAUCGAGGGGGCGCUCAACGAAGGACUGGAGCCCAACAAGACCCCUGAGAGCCAGAUGGCCGCACACCAGGCCCUGAUGGACGAGAUCCUGAUGCUGCAGGAGGAGAUCGGAGAGCUGCAGACGUGUUUCUCUGAGGAGCUGGCAGACAGCGACAGCGACGGGGAGCCUGGCGACCAACUGGCCCUCCAGUCCACCCUCACUGUACUAGGAGAACGGAUGGCCACUAUUCGAAUGAAGGCGUCUGGAAAGAGGCAGCUGCUGGAGGAGAGGCUAAGUGAGCAGCUGGAGGAACAGCGGCAGGAACAGGCGCUGCAGCGUUACCACAGCGAGGCAGAGGAGCUCGACCAUUGGCUGCUCAGCACCCGCGCUACUCUCAGCUCUGCCCUUCAGCCACAAAAUGAAGACCUGGACAUGGAGGAGCAGCUCAUCGACUGUCAGAACAUGCUGUUUGAGAUCGAGCAGAAGGUGUCGUACCUGUCAGAGCUUUCCGUCCACAGCGAGAGUUUGCUUUUGGAGGGCCGGGCUGAGACCAAGGGAGAGGCGGAGCAGCUCACGCUCAAACUGCGCUCUCUUAAAGACAGCCUGGUGGAGCUGCAGCAGAUGCUGCAGGACAAACAGGUUGACAUACAGGGUUCAUUGCAGGAGCAGGAAGACAGUGAGCCCGACUCAUCUUUGUCCCAGAGUCCAAAUGUCCAGGACUGGCUGUCUCAGGCCCGCUCAACACGCACACAGCAGCACCACGACAACCUGCUUCGACAGAGGGAGCUGCAGGAGCAAGUGGCCGAGCAGAGGAGGCUGCUCCAGUCUGUGGCCAGCGUUGGGGAAGAGUUACUCAGCCAACAGACCACACCUAAUGGGGACAGUGAGGUGUCCAUCCCUGCUGGUGGAGUGUUACUGGAGAAUGAAACCUCGUCUCCUUUGGAGAAGCUGAGGCAAAGAUGGGAAAACCUAAACAAAGACCAGAGCACGAAGCUGCAGCUCUCCCUCAACUCCCUGGAACAAGACCAGCUUAGCCCGGUGCUCCACCGGUCCCGUCUGUCCAGUCCCAGUAUGGUGUUCAGAGGCGAGGCUGCCAGCCAGGACUUUUGCUCCCCCAGAGCUUUGUUUGAGGCUUGCAGCCAGACUCUGGAAAGAAUCACAGAUGAGGGGGCAGCGAGCAGUGACAGUAAGCUGGCAGCGUCUUUUGGAGGGGCAUCGGUCCAACAGGACCUUUAUGCUGCAGUAUCGGCAGCCUCCGCCUGGUUAGACGCUGCUGAGAAUCAGCUACUUUCUGGUCCUGUGCUCCUGUCUGAAGAUACAGAGACACAACUCACAAAUCUAGAGGGUCUGAAUAAACAUCUGAAGGAGAUAACCAGGGAGGUGAACCAGUGCAGAGACCUGCUGGGAGGAGGAGUGGGACGGUUAUGUGGAGGAGAGGAGCGAGCUCUGAUGGAAGACACACUGGAGGGCCUGCAGGAGAGGAUGGGCUUAUUGGACUCUGCCCUGGACCAGCACUGCGACAGCAUGAGGGACAGACUGCAGGAACACUCAUCCUUCCAGAAUGAACUGAGGAUGCUGUUCACGGCUCUGACUGAAAGUAAACACCAGUUGCUGCAGAAGAUGGAUGCAACUGCAGACAGACCUGCAUCUAAACAGAUUGAGAUGUUGUCUGAAGUGGAGGAAAGUCUGAGGGAGUUUGAGCAGAGAGUAACUGAGCUGAAGACCAGAGGAGAGCAAUCUGACCAAACUUCUAACCAGGAACUACUCAAACUACAAGAUGCGUAUGAGGAGCUUGUGCUCAUGGUGGGCUCCAGGCGGAGUAGCCUGAAUCACGGCUUCUCUCUGAAGGCUCAGUAUGAAGCUGCACUUCGUGAUCUCUCGGACCUGGUGGACACUGCUCAGGAGAAGAUGGCUGCGGACCAAAAGAUGACGGUGGCUUCUGUAAUAGAGGUCCAGAUGUUACUAGACAAACACAAAGAGUUCUUCCAGGGUCUGGAGUGCCAUAUGAUCCUCACCCAGACAUUUUAUACUAAAGUGUCCGGUCUGGUGGCACAGAGGGAAAGCCAAGCCCUCGAGGAAACCAUGGCUUCAGCCCACAGUGUGCUCAAACAGGCCCACAGGAGGGGAGUCGAGCUGGAGGGCAUUCUGGAGUCGUGGAGCAGGCUCGUCGAAGACUAUCAGGCUCUUUGUAGACAGCUGGAGGCUGUGGAGUGUAGCAUCCCCACUGUGGGUCUAGUAGAGGAAACAGAAGAGAGACUUGUUGAAAGAAUCAGUCUGUACCAGCGUUUGAAGUCCAGCCUGACGGAGCAUCAGCCCCAGCUGUACCAGGUUCUGGAGGAGGGCAAAAAGCUUCUUCUGUCCGUUGGCUGCUCAGAUCUGGAGAACCAGCUGACUCAGCUCGGAGAACACUGGUUGUCCUCCACCACUAAGGUCAACAAGGAGCUGCACCGUCUGGACUCGACACUCAAACACUGGAGCAGGUACCAAAACGAGUCAGCAGAGUUGAGUCACUGGUUGCAGACAGCUCUGGACAGGCUGGAGUUCUGGACGACUCAGUCAGUGACGGUACCUCAGGAGCUGGAGACUGUCAGAGACCACCUCUGUGCCUUCCUGGAGUUUUCCAAAGAGGUGGAUGCAAAGUCGUCUUUACGUUCAUCAGUGCUAAGCACAGGCAACCAGCUUCUGCGACUAAAGAGAGUAGACACGGCUGGUCUGAGGACAGCUCUUGGUCAAAUCGACACUCAGUGGGCUGAGCUGCUGACUCGUAUCCCCGUAGUACAAGAGAAGCUACACCAGCUGCAAAUGGAGAAGCUGGCAUCUCGCCAUGCCAUCACGGAGCUGAUGAGCUGGAUCUCUCUCAUGGAGAACAUCAUCGCUGAAGAUCAGGACAAGAUCCUGAGUGCCGUGGGCUCAGAUGUGGUCCAGAACUUCUUGCAGAAGUAUAAGGGUUUCCGCAUAGAUCUGACCUGUAAGCAGUUGACUGUGGACUUUGUUAACCAGUCAGUGCUGCAGAUCAGCAGUCAGGAUGUGGAGGGAAAGCGCAGUGACAAAACAGACUUUGCUGAGAAGCUGGGAGCUAUGAACAGACGGUGGCAGAUACUGCAGGGGCUCAUUGGUGAAAAGAUUCAGCUUUUGGAAGGACUUGUGGAAAGUUGGUUAGAGCAUGAAAAUGAAGUCCAGGGCCUGAAGACCUGGCUCACAUUACAAGAGGAGAAACUGAAGAAGAGACACAGGAUAGAGGACAUAGCAUCGGUGCAGAAUGCACUUAAAGACUGUCAGGAGUUGGAAGAACUGGUGAAGGAAAAAGAGAAGGAUCUAGAAAAAGCAGAGGAACGAGGAAGUGCUCUCAUCCAGGAUAAGAAAGGUGCAGCUUGCUCUGUUGUAAAGGAGACCCUCAAAGGCCUGAACCAGUCCUGGGCUCAUUUGGACCACAUGAUAAGUCAGAGGAAGGUUAGCCUACGGUCGGUGCUGGAGCAGUGGACGUUGUACCGACGAGCUUCAGAGGAGAUUAAUGGUUACCUAAUGGAGGGGCGGUACUCUGUGUCCAGGCUGCACCUCCUUAACGGGUCACUAGAGGCAGUACAGCAGCAGGUGGAGAGUCUGGAGAACCUGCAGGAAGAGAUGGAUAAACAGGAAAGCAGUCUGAGGAAGUUUGGCUCUGUAACUCAUCAGUUACUCACCGAGUGUCACCCUUCUGUGGUCGAGACACUCAACAGAGCACUCCGGGACGUCAACAUCAGGUGGAAUCAUCUGCUAGAGCAGAUCUCGGAGCAGCUGAGGAGCAGCAAGGCCUUACUGGUGCUGUGGCAGCGCUACAGGUCGCUGUAUAGCCAGUGUGUGACAGCUGUUCAGAAGCAGGAAGAGCGAGCUGACCGCCUGCUGAGGAGCGCCACCGACCGGGAAAUCACAGAGGAGGAGAGCAGCACCUGGAUAAAGGACUGCAAUGAGUGUCUUGGUGACCAGGACUCAGUGCAGCACUCCCUCCAGCAGCUGCAGGCGUUAGGGGAACAGCUGAGGAGCCAAGUCGACGCCUCCUCCUCAGCGUCCCUCCAGUCUGACCACCUGUCACUCACGCAUCGUCUGGUGGCGCUGGAGCACGCCCUCCACAGACAGCAAGAAGUACUGCAGUCUGGAUCUCAGGCCUGCGAGGGUUUCAGAGAGCAGCUCGACACGCUGAUCUGUAAGGCUGAGGAGGCUGAGGAGGUGCUGAAGGAGUCUGACCCAGUGGGUUCCCUGGACCUGAUUGCGGUACAGACACGUAUCGAAAAACUCAAGGUACACUUGUUGAAGCUCAGCAGCCUAUCUCCAGACCUGGAACGUGUUAAUGAGUUGGUGUACAGGCUGCCAGUCAGUGACAGAGAUGUUAAAAGGCUGCAAAGUCUCAACAGGACAUGGGCCACUCACUCUGCUCACCUCACUGAGAGGUUCAGUAAACUGCAGGCAGUGUUGCUCGAGCAGCAGAGUUUCCUCCAGAAGUGUGAGGCCUGGAUGGACUUCCUGUCUCAGACUGAGCAAAAGUUGGCCGCUGAAAUAUCCGGCAACUACCAGAGUCUGCUGGAGCAACAGAGAGACCAUGAGUUGUUUCAGGCAGAGAUGUUCAGCAGACAACAGAUUCUUCAUUCCAUCAUCAGUGAUGGGCAUCGUUUGCUGGACCAGGGACCCAUGGAUGACAGUGAUGACUUCAGUGUGAAGCUGGCCUUGCUGAGCAAUCAGUGGCAGGGUGUGGUGAGACGGGCCCAGCAGCGAAGGGGCAUCAUUGACAGUCUGAUCCGCCAGUGGCAAAGCUACCGGGAGAUGGCGGAGAAGCUGCUGCGGUGGCUUCAAGAAGUGACCCGUGAUCCAGAUGUGCAUCAGCCAGGGGAAGCUGUGGCUCUGCAGCAGGCCAGAAACCUUUUGGAUCAGAUACAGCUGAGAGAGAGAGUCCUUCAAAGGCAGCAAGGAGGGUACAUCCUGACCGUGGAGGCCGGCAGGAGCCUGCUGUUGUCAGCUGAUGCCAGGGCGGAGUCCACCCUGCAGACGGAGCUAAUGGACAUUCAGGAGAGGUGGAGGCACGCCCACCACCGCCUGGACCAACAGAGGAGGGAGCUGCACGGUCUGCUCAAGAACUGGGAGCGAUGUGAGAAGGGCAUAGAUGUGUCCCUGGAGAAGCUGAGGGCCUUCAAGAGGAAGCUGUCUGUGUCGCUGCCUGACCACCACGAAGAGUUGCACUCAGAGCAAAUCAGAUGCAAGGAGCUGGAGAACAGCGUGGAGGGCUGGACCGAUGACCUUACUUCCUUGUUCCUGCUGAGGGACUCCUUGGAGGGCGUGGUCAGUUCAGAUGACAUCACAGUCCUACAGGAACGCCUCCAGCUGCUACAGCGCCAGUGGGAGGAGGUCUGCCACCAGCUUUCCCUGCGCCGGCAGCAGGUGAGCGAGAAGUUGAAUGAGUGGGCCGUGUUCAAUGAGAAGAACAAGGAGCUGUGUGAAUGGCUCACGCAGAUGGAGAGCAAAGUCUCUCAGAAUGGGGACAUCAGCAUUGAAGAGAUGAUUGAGAAGCUCCGCAAGGACUACCAAGAGGAGAUCAGCGUAGCUCAAGAGAACAAGCAGCAGCUGCAGGUCAUGGGGGAACGCCUGGCUAAGGCCAGCCAAGACAACAAGGCGGCCGAGAUCCAGCACAAGCUCAACAAAGUCAGCGAGCGCUGGCAGCACCUGCUGGACCUCAUCGCUGCUAGGGUGAAGAAGUUGAGGGAGACCCUGGUGGCGGUGCAGCAGCUGGAUAAAAACAUGAGCAGCCUCCGUUCUUGGCUGGCUCACAUCGAGACCGAGCUGUCCAGGCCCAUCGUCUACGACACCUGCGACGACCAGGAGAUUCAGAGGAAGCUCAACCAGCAGCAGGAGCUGCAGAGGGACAUAGAGAAACACAGCACAGGGGUGGCGUCAGUGCUGAACCUGUGCGAAGUCCUGCUGCACGACUGUGAUGCCUGCUCCACGGAGACAGAGUGUGACUCCAUCCAGCAGGCGACCAGAGGCCUGGACAGGCGCUGGAGGAACAUCUGUGCCAUGUCCAUGGAAAGGAGGCUCAAGAUUGAGGAGACUUGGAGGUUGUGGCAGAAGUUUCUGGAUGACUACUCCAGGUUUGAGGACUGGCUAAAGACCUCAGAAAAGACAGCAGCUCUCCCUAACUCCUCUGGAGUUCUCUAUACCGUCGCUAAAGAGGAGCUCAAGAAGUUCGAGGCCUUCCAGCGUCAGGUGCAGGAAUGUCUGACCCAGCUGGAGCUCAUCAAUAAACAGUACCGUCGUCUGGCCCGGGAGAACCGCACCGACUCCUCCUGCCGUCUCAGAGAAAUGGUGCAUGAUGGGAACAAGCGCUGGGAUAACCUGCAGAAGAGGGUGGCUGCCAUCCUGCGCAGACUCAAGCACUUCAUCUCCCAGAGGGAGGAGUUCGAGACGGCACGGGACAGCAUCCUGGUGUGGCUGACUGAGAUGGACCUCCAGCUCACCAACAUAGAGCACUUCUCUGAGUGUGACGUUCAGGCUAAGAUAAAGCAGCUCAAGGCGUUCCAGCACGAGAUCUCCCUGAACACGGUGAAGAUUGAGACGGUGUUCAGGCAGGGGGAGGCCCUCAUUGAGAAGAGCGAACCUCUGGACGCAGCCGUCAUUGAGGAGGAGCUGGAGGAGCUGCAGAGAUACUGCCAGGAGGUCUUCGGACGAGUGAACAGAUACUACAAGAAACUCACACGGCUGCCUCUGGUAGAUGAUGAGCUGGACGGUUCAGACAGAGAGCUGGACAUGGAGGAAGGUGGCGACCUCUCCGAGCUGCAGUGGGGCGACUCCUCCUUGCCCCGGACGUCCAGCCGACCGGCCUCUGGCGCCGCAGCGCAUGUCCGGGCCGACCGCUCGGGCCGUGACACGCCGGCCAGCGUGGACUCCAUCCCGCUGGAGUGGGACCACGACUACGACCUGAGCAGGGGCCUGGACAGUCCAGCGGGACGCGCCAAUGGGGAAAGGAGCCGAGGGCCGGAGGACGAGGAUGAGUAUCUGAGGACAGCUGCCACGGUGCUGACAGAUGUAGUUAUCCCAGAGAGCCCAGAGGCCUAUAUAAAACUGACUGAGAACACAUUGAAAUCGUCCUCUGGUGAGCCGGGCCAGCUGGAGGCCAGUCUGAGACAGCUGGAUCAGGCUUUGGAUGCGGGACGGUAUCACCUCCAGCAGAGAGAGGCCACCACCAACCGCUCCAGCCCCGACACCGACUCCACAUACAUGGGCUACAUGCGUCUGAUGGGAGAGUGUCGUGGCAGCAUAGAUGCAGUGAAGAGAGCAGAAGGAGAGCUGACUGAAGACGAGGAAGACAAGCCGGGACUAACAAACCCUACCAGCACAGACCCCCAGAGCUCAGGUGUGAUCGAGCGCUGGGAGCUGAUCCAGGCUCAGUCUCUGAGUGAGAAGCUCCGGCACAAACAGAACCUGCAGCAGUGGCAGCAGCUGAUCUCGGAUCUGCAGACCAUGCGGGCCUGGCUGGGGCGGUCGGAGGCCGAGCUCAGUCAGCUGCGAGGGCUGAAUCACAGCACGGACAUACACACCAUCCAGCAGAGGAUCAAGAAGCUCAAGGAGCUGCAGAAGGGGAUGGACGCCCACAAGUCCGAGGUCCUGUCCGUAAACCUGAGCAGCGCGGACUUCCUCCAAUCAGAGCCCGACUCUGAGGAGGCGUGGGAGCUGAAGGACGCGCUGAAAGAGAUGAACUCCCGCUGGGAUCGGCUCGGCGCCUCGCUGGAGGACUGGAGGGAGGAGCUGCAGAGGGCACUGAUGCAGUGUCAGGAGUUCCACGAGAUGAGCCACGGUCUCUUGCUGUGGCUGGAGAACAUCGACCGUAGGAGGAACGAGGUGGUGCCCAUCCCUCAGAGACUGAACCGUGACACGUUACGAGCUCAUCACAAGACGCUCACGCAAAUCAAGCGCGAGCUGCAGGACUCGCAGCAGAAAGUGUCGUCGCUUCAGGAGCUGUCGGCGCAGCUGCUGGUCAACACUAAACCUCAGACUCUGCUGCCGCAGUCGCAGCCCUCGGAGCAGAUCCGGGCCCAGGGCAGCGAGUGUCUGGAGGCCCAGGAGAAGGUUCACGUGAUCUGGAACAGGCUGAGGCUGCUCCAGAGGGAGGUCAGCUCAGACCUGGAGGGGCUGGAGAGGAGGUUGGAGGCCAUGGACACACAGCAGGAUUACUUACCAUUGCCUGCAGCCAAAUCAGAAAUCUGUGGAUCAGCUGAUCGUGGGUCGGAGGCGACCACCCAGAGCCGCAAACGAUUGCCCCGAGCCAAAAGUAGUCAGGCCCACCCAGGAUCCCAUGAAAGCGGCCCGCGCCACAGCCGGAGCAGAUCACCAGGCGCCGCUGGCUGCGUUUCCUCCCGUUCUGACCUCCCGGACGGCGUCCCCGCUUCCUCCUCCUCCUCCUCCUCCUCCACCUCCUCAAAGGAACAGUCCUUCCUGCUGCGGGUCUUCAGGGCUGCGCUCCCCGUCCACUUGCUGCUCCUGCUCCUCAUCGGCCUGGCCUGCCUGGUGCCCAUGACGGAGGAGGACUACAGCUGCCACCACGCCAACAACUUCGCCCGCUCCUUCCACCCCAUGCUGCGCUACACCAACGGACCUCCGCCCAUAUGAGGAGUUUUUCUUCCUUCUGCUUUGCCAAGGACUCCGUUGAAUGUUUCCUCUUCACCCUGUGCCCUAAAGCAACGAACUCUUCCCGCGCUGGGGAGCUACCUGCAUUUAUGAAGUGACUUAGAGGUGACACGAAGACUCACUAACAUCGCGCGCCCACUCCGCUGAAAUCACCUCAACCCUUUAAAAUACUCUCUCCAGACUAAACGGACCUUCGCCUGGAGACCCCUCGUCGCCAGUCCAAAUAGUUUAGUUUUAAUUUAAAUGUGUAUAUUAUUUUUAAGGUUUCUGUAGAAACCUGUGAAAUCAUUGAAAAACAAAGCACUAUUUAUAUACUGUACGUUGGGAGCCAAAGUCAACUGUGCUUAUUUUUAUUUUUUAAUUUUAUUUUUUAUUUUUUUUGUCCAUGAUAUCCAGUGCUGCUACUAUUUAUUUAGUGUUCAAUCAGUCAAUAGAUUUCUAGCAUUGAUUAAGCUAAAGCACCACCCUCCGUGUGGGAUAUUGUACCUGUAAAUUGUAGAGUAGACUUGCAGUUUGAGUAGCAAUCAUUCACAGUCUUAGGUGUGAAGAGUUUCAUUCCAAAAUGACACAUUUGAAGAUCUCCUCGGACAAAAAAAAAAUGACUGAAACGGGAGUGCUCUCUGAAGGCGUAGCUUUUUAUUUAUUUUUUUUUAAUAUUUUUUUUCCUCGGCACACUUCAAAAGAAACUGGCUUGAAUUUUGAGAUGAAGUCUGAUUUUUACAGCUAAAAUCUGAACUUAUAGCACUGACGCGAGAACUGUCCAAGGUACUGCACUGAAGCCCUCCGACCAAGAUGGCCGACAACCCACCCAGCCCUCCAAAAACAAAAGCCAAGGCUCGUAUUCCUUCCCAUUUUUAAUUUCAGUAUUGAAUCAACUCGGGGGGGCAAAUGAGACAAAACAGACGAGCGCUCCUGUUUUUAAAAAGAUAAUCCACUGAUUUGUACAUUAUCGUCUGAAAUGCCUUUGAAUACAGGCAGUUAUUUUUUUAUCUUUGUGUUUGAGCAUGUACUUGAAAGGCCCCCGCUUUUAAGAAAGCCAAACAAUCACUGGUAGUGUGUUAGUAGAUGGCUGCGACAUGUGCUUUGUAAUAACUGCGAUAAUUAUUCUGCGUUGAUGAGACAUCAGAAUCACGGCGCUGUUAAAAAAAAAAAAAAAAAAAAGAAUCUGUAAAAAUAAAAAUUAAUUAUGAAAAAUGGUUAUUUAUGUAUGUACAGUUUGCUAAUGCCGACUUCAUGAAGAAUACCCUCUUUGCGAAUAAUAAAACAUGAAGUAUUUA